GGCGCAGCCUCCGGGCCUGGCAACAGCAGCAACUGCAGAGGCGGGCGGGCGAGGUCAAGAUGGUGGCUCCGCGGGCGGGGGAGGCGGUGGAGGGAGGAGGAGCCAGACCAUAGCCGGCCGGAAACACCGACACCCACAGGCCUCCCGGGAGCCGCCGCUGCCGCCUCCGCCGCCGCCUCCGCCGCCUGCUCCAGCUCGAGGGACGCGAGCGGGCGGCGGGGCGGGCCGUGAGAGAGACACGAGAGGAGGGAGGGCGGGGGCGGAGUCGCCCGCCUUCGCCUCCGCCCCCGGCCACCGUCCCGCACCCUGCCCCACGCGGCCCUGCCCGGCCCGCCCAGCCCCGGUGUGGCAGCGGUUCAUGGCGGCGGUGGGGCCCCCGCAGCAGCAGGUGCGGAUGGCCCAUCAGCAGGUCUGGGCGGCGCUCGAAGUGGCGCUCCGGGUGCCCUGCCUCUACAUCAUCGACGCCAUCUUCAACUCCUACUACGAUUCCAGCCAAAGCCGGUUCUGCAUCGGGCUCCAGAUCUUACUCCGGCUCCUUGGUAUAUUUGUAUCCAGUAUUGUUCUGACCUUGUCACAGCGAUCACUUUUCAAGUUUUACAUGUACAGCUCAGCCUUUCUAUUAGCUGCAACCUCAGUGUUGGUAAAUUAUUAUGCUGCUUUGCACAUUGACUUCUAUGGUGCCUACAACACAUCAGCUUUUGGAAUUGAGCUGCUUCCUCGAAAAGGGCCCUCGCUGUGGAUGGCACUCAUCGUUCUACAGCUAACAUUUGGAAUUGGAUACAUUACACUACUCCAAAUUCAUUCCGUCUAUUCACAGUUAAUUAUUUUGGAUCUCUUGGUUCCUGUAAUAGGCUUAAUCACAGAGCUACCAUUACACAUCCGAGAGACUUUAGUUUUUACUUCUUCCUUGAUUCUCACAUUAAAUACAGUGCUUGUCUUGGCAGUGAAACUUAAGUGGUUUUAUUAUUCCACAAGAUACGUUUAUCUUUUAGUGAGGCACAUGUAUCGAAUUUAUGGAUUACAGUUAUUAAUGGAGGACACAUGGAAGAGGAUUCGUUUCCCAGAUGUACUGAGAGUCUUUUGGCUAACAAGAAUUACAGCUCAGGCUACAGUAUUAAUGUACAUUUUAAGGAUGGCAAAUGAAACUGAUUCCUUCGUCAUUUCUUGGGAUGAUUUCUGGGACCUCAUUUGUAAUCUUAUAAUUAGUGGGUGUGAUUCUACACUCACUGUACUGGGCAUGAGUGCUGUAAUUUCCUCAAUAGCCCAUUAUUUGGGUCUUGGAAUAUUGGCCUUUAUUGGAUCAACCGAAGAAGAUGACAGGCGGCUUGGCUUUGUAGCACCUGUUUUGUUUUUUAUUUUGGCUCUUCAGACUGGUUUAAGUGGGCUAAGACCAGAAGAGAGACUUAUUCGCUUAAGUAGAAACAUGUGCCUUUUAUUAACAGCAGUCCUGCAUUUCAUCCACGGAAUGACAGACCCUGUAUUAAUGUCUCUCAGUGCCUCUCAUGUGUCAUCUUUCCGUAGACAUUUUCCUGUGCUCUUUGUCUCUGCUUGCCUGUUUAUUCUUCCUGUUAUACUCAGUUAUGUUCUUUGGCAUCACUAUGCACUAAAUACAUGGUUGUUUGCAGUUACAGCCUUUUGUGUGGAACUCUGCUUAAAAGUAAUUGUUUCUCUCACUGUUUAUACGUUAUUCAUGAUUGAUGGCUACUAUAAUGUCCUCUGGGAAAAGCUUGAUGAUUAUGUCUACUAUGUUCGUUCAACAGGCAAUAUUAUUGAAUUUAUAUUUGGAGUGGUAAUGUUUGGAAAUGGGGCUUAUACUAUGAUGUUUGAGUCAGGAAGUAAAAUUCGGGCUUGUAUGAUGUGCUUACAUGCCUAUUUUAACAUCUACUUACAAGCAAAAAAUGGCUGGAAGACAUUCAUGAAUCGUAGAACUGCUGUAAAAAAAAUUAAUUCACUUCCUGAAAUAAAAGGGAGCCGCCUACAAGAAAUAGAUGAUGUAUGUGCAAUCUGCUAUCAUGAGUUUACAACAUCUGCUCGUAUUACACCAUGUAAUCAUUAUUUCCAUGCACUUUGCCUUCGGAAAUGGCUGUACAUUCAAGAUACUUGUCCAAUGUGCCAUCAAAAAGUGUACAUUGAAGAUGAUACCAAGGAUAAUUCAAAUAUAUCUAACAACAAUGGAUUUAUUGCACCCAAUGAAAAUCCAGAGGAAGCUGUAAGAGAAGCUGCUGCUGAAUCUGACAGGGAAUUGAAUGACGACAGUUCAGAUUGUGACGAUGACGCUGAGAGAGAAAGAAACGGAGUGAUUCAGCACACAGGCCCAGCAGCUGAGGAACUGAUUAAUGAGGAUACUGAUUAAAUAGCAUUUACUGAUCAUUGAGGUAUUUGUUUAAAAUUCAGUUCAUCCAACAUGGUGUAAUACGCUUCACUUCAGUGUGUAACCAAGCACAAAAACAGUAUCAAUGUUGAAUCUGUGAAUGGUUUUCCGUUUACUGUGAUGUGCUACUGUAAAUAUACCUCUUCAAUUA